GGUUAGUGGCAGCGAGUGGCUGUGCUGGAUUUUUUGAUUAGAAUAUGGAGAGGUUUUAAACAAAAGUCGGGCUUUUAAAGUAGUAAUGAAUAAAAUGAACGUUGAUACAUGUACAAUUUGUUUUUACUAGCAUUUGUGAAUCAAACAAACUAAAUGAUCAUGGUCCCCGUGGCUAUUGAGGGAUGUAAUCAAGGCGCAGAAGGUGGUGGAGCUAGAGGAGGCUCCAUAUCACUGGCUUUAUUAAUAGAUUUCAUAGUACAAAGAACUUAUGAUGAACUCACUGUUCUGGCUGAAUUGUUGCCCCGGAAGACGGACAUGGAGCGCAAGAUCGAGAUUUAUAAAUUUAGUGCCCGGACAAGACAGUUGUUUGUGCGGUUACUGGCCCUUGUUAAGUGGGCUAGCAGUGCAACAAAAGUCGAUCGGUCGGCUCACAUCAUGGCCUUUCUCGACAAGCAGGCUCUGCUCUUUGUAGAGACAGCUGAUGUUCUGGCACGAGUUGCAAGGGAGACUCUGGUACAUGCACGGCUGCCGACAUUCCACAUGGCGGCCGCAGUGGAGGUGCUGACGAUCGGCACGUACAGCCGGCUGCCGGCCGUGAUCCGCGAGCGGCUCGUCCCGCCGCCCGCGCUCACGCCCGCCGAGCGCCGCUCCACGCUGAGGGCGCUCGCUCACGUUGUUCGACAGAGGCUCACUACCGCUUCUCUGCCCAGUGAUGUCAGGAAUCUAAAGGUGGACAAUGGUCGGGCUACAUUCACAGUUGGCCAAGAAUUUAGUGUUUCUCUGACAGUAAUGGGUGAUGCACCUAAUCUCCCAUGGCGUUUGCUAGAUAUAGCUAUUCUCAUCCAGGACAACGAGACUGGUGAGGGCAAAGCGCUGGUCCACUCGUCCCAGCUAGCGUGGUUGCGCGGCGUCGCGCAGGCGCGGCUCGCCGCGGCCGGUCUCAGCGGAGCUCUCACUGCACUCAGAUAUUUCUGCCGCUCUUUAUCACUGGAGCUCCUGUACACACAGACACUCAGGCUGUGCCGCGACAGGCUAUCGAAGCACCUGCAAGUUGAUAGAUAUACUCCAGGACAGAAACUACAGAUUUCGUAUUGGAAGGAGCUGGGGUGCGAGCUAGGGUACCGGCUGAUCGUGGGCGCGGAGGGCGAGUCGCUGUGCGUGUGGCACGUGCCGGCGCUGGCGGGCAGCGAGCGCGUGGCGGCCGCGCUCACGCCGCACGCGCCCUCCAUGGAGCGCCUGCUCGCGCACACCGUGCACGUGCGCUCCAGGCAGAGGCUCAACGAUCUCAAAGUGCUGCUUAAUGACCUAGGGGUUGAGUGCACCGUGGGCGGCUGGCCGUGCGUGCUGGCGUGCUCGGUGCUGUGGCCGUGCCUGCGCGCCGAGCAGCUGCUGGUGUCGGUGGGCGCGCACGGCGGCCGGCUGCGCGCGCGCGUGCCCGCCUACCCCGCCACACCCAGGAUGUCGGAGCUGGCGGCCGCGCUCGCCACCACUAACUUGCCUCAGAUCAAGGCCAUGCUUACGCAGCUAAGGUUCUGGCUGGUGGCGCGGCGCUGCGAGAAGACGCUGCAGCACCUCCCGGCGAGCGUGUGCGAGCACCUGCCCUUCCUGCACGGGCCCGACCACCCGCUCGGCAAGCUGGCCGCCGACAGGCUCUACAUCACGCUCCACCGGCACACCGAUCACAUACUUAUAGUAGAGAUGAAGGAGGUGGCGGCGGGCAGCAGCGCGACGACCAGCAACAGCGCGAACAGCGGCAGCGCCUGCACGGUGGGCCUCUCCUUCCACCUGGCCGGCGCGCGCCGCUGCACGCCCGACGAGUGCGAGGAGGACCCGGCCGCGUCCGCCGCCGCCGCCGUGGCCGUCACCGCGCGCGCCUUCCUCAAGCUGCACUCGCUCGUCGAGCUCGACACCUUCACGCUCACUCACGGACCCUUCACGCCACUCGACACCUCAGGCUUGCAGCCGGGCAAGCGGAAGCUGUCUGCGAACAGCACCCGCGCGGUGCGCGUGCGGCAGCCCGCGUACUUCCUGCCCGAGCUGGCGCACGUGGUGGCCGCCGCCGACGAGCGCGUGCCCUUCGUCAACCUGGCGCAGGAGCUUGCGUCUCGCGGCGUGACGCACGGCGGCGUGCAGCCGGAGUGGAGCGGGUCGGCGCUGGGCAUGCGCAUCGUGGCGCUGCCGCUGCCUGAGGGCGCGUGUGAGCGCGCCACGGCGGCGCUGCGGGCCCGCCUGCUCGCAGCCACGCUGCGCCUCACCACCAAGAACCAGGCGCGCGUGUGGACCGCCGAGCUCGUAUUCCACGGCUCGCCGGCGCGCACGCCCACGCAUAAAGAACAAGGCGAGCGGCGCUGCGUGUACCUGCAGUACGAGCUGGGCACGGACGCGGGCCGCACGGCGGACGCGUUCCUGGCGGACUGGGCCGCCAUCGUGCACCUGCACACGCUGCUGCACGACUUCAUGCUGCGCCCGCAACAAGAACGUGAGCAGCUGUGGCAGGGCGUGUGCAUCCGCUCGUACACAUACCGGUCGCUGGUGGUGGGGUGGGGCGCGGGCGCGCGAGCCACGGCCGUGCUGCAGUGGUCGGCGGCCACGCAGCGGUACACCGUGGCCACCCCGGCGCACCAGCCCGCCGCCAACGCGCACCAUCUGUUGCACCACCACCUAGACCACUACAUCAACUGGCACAAGGACCUGCUGGCGCUGGGCGUGGUGCUGCGCGAGACGUACGCGCCGCUGCUGGCGCUGAGCCGGCUGCCCACGCUGCCGCAGCUCGGCCUGCACCACGUGCGCACGCAGAUGCCCACGCCCACCUUCACGCUGCUGGCGCACUCCUGGCGGAAGAUCCGUAUAAUCUACGCCGGUGCAUACUCGCUGGAGGUGAACAUUCGCGGCGGCGGCACGGUCACCAUCCGCGACGGCUCCUACUCCAAGUUCGACCGCACCUCGGUCGUCGACGAGUUCGCGCCGGCGCAGGGGCUAAAGUCGUUCCUAUCACGGUACGUCGAUGACAGCAUGAGCGCGCGCCUGCUGGCAGAAGACGACAACCCGCCGUCGCCCAUGUCACCGAUGCCACCAGGCGGUCUUCGGUUUCCGGCGCCUUUGACGCCGCCCCAGCCACACACGCCGCAUUCGGCGCCAGUGACGCCGCACCCCGCGUCGCCCGCGCAGCAUCAGAUGAACAACAACUCGUUCAACCUGACGUCCCCGCCGGGCGGCGGCGGCGGCGGCGCGGGCACGGCGGCCAGCGUGUCGGCGUCGCCGGCGUCGCCGCUGGCGCCCUCCCCGCUCGCCGCUCCCGUCGCCUCCCCGCACCCGCCGCCCACGUCCCCGUUUACCGCGUGGCCCGCCUCACCUUCAUUGCCGAGACCUUCCCCUGGACAUCAUCCUUCGCCGCGGCACAAUAUAGAACAUAAAGGGCCCACAGCGUCGUCGUGCUCAGCGCGCGCGGGGCGCGGCGCGGGUGUGGGCGCGACGGCGACGCCGCUGCCGGUCAGCAAGCUGGAGGCGCUGUGCGCGCCGUGCGAGCCGCCGCAGGGCGCGCCGCCGGGGCCCGCCCUAGCACCGCUGCAGCGAUUCCUAGCCUGCGUCUACAUGAAGCGAACGCUCCAGCGGUUCGUUCAGGCGGAAGAAUACUUGACGAUGGUGAGCGCGGACGCCACGAGCCUGACGUUCCGGUGCGAGGGCGCGGCGCUGGCGGCACGCGUGUCGCUGCACCCGCAGCACAUGCAGUCGCUGCACCUGCAGCUCACGCCGCUCGACCAGGGCCCUGGCAUGAAGCACGAGUGGCUCGAGGACGAUCUCAAGGUGAUGCAGAAGUUCUUCGAGCUGCGCGUGUGCAUAGCGCCGUACCGCGCGACGGCGCUGCAGGGCUGGGGCCGCACGUGGGGCGCGCCGGCCGCCGCGCUGCCGUCGCUGGUGGCGCUGAUGCGCGCCGACCUCGAGCCCAUCCAGCCCGCGCUGUGGCAGCUGCAGUGGGCCCUGCGCAUCCCGCCCGCCGCGCCGCAGCUAGUGCCCACCGGACACCCCGCCGUGCUGCUCGCCAAACACAAGAUACUAUUCUUUAUCUGCCUGACGCGCGGCGAGACGCAACUGGUGCUGCCGCUGGUGUACGACAUGCAGUCCAACGUAACGCAGCUGGCCGACAAGCGCGACUCGCAGCCGCACCUCAUCGCGGUCAACCUUCAUCUCAAACGGUUCAGCGAGUUUAAUCAGACGCACGGCGAGUGCACGCUGUGGCCGGCGGUGCGCGACCUGCUGACCAACUUCACGCUGCCGCAGGACGCGCCCGUGGCCGCCGCGCCGCCGCCGCCAUAGCUGCCGCUCGCGCCGGCCCCGCUCGCCUCGAUGCUUUAACGCCGGCGCCAACACACACGCUAAAAAUGCUCCAAAUAUAAAUUUUAUACAUUGCUUACAUAUAAGUAAUUUUUAUAGUGUGACACAGUAUUUUAUCACAUUGGGAGUGGGACACAGUGGAUACGCCAUUGUGUAGUUAAAUCACAUUCGGAGGCCAGCCAAGGGUAUUGAAUUAAGUUUGUGUUGUGUCGCAAUAAAAAUCGCGAAAAUUUUACUGCCAAAUUGUAUGAAUAUCUAGAAACAUAAGGGUUGUGCGAAAAAAUUCGCCAGAGACUAGCGCAAUGUAUUUACUUCACCUGUGAUAUACAUAUCAGCGACCUGUCCGCUAUGGAAGACACUACACGCGGUAGGUAGGUAGGCGACACCACCAUAUUAUAUUCCGAAGAUGUAGCAAUUGUGUAAUUUGUGUAUAUUAUAACCUAAAAACGUUUAUUCAUAAACGUUUUCUAAAGUUGACAAGCCGAUAAUAAUCGUUUGUCCCUUUCCAUCAUACCAAUACGUCGGAAAUAUUUACUCUGACAGACCGACCCGCCUUAACCCUUAGUAUGCUUGGACACUGAUCAGUGCAUCACUAUAUACAAUUAUACAACUUAAACGUUUAUUUGUCAAAUAUUGACAGCAGCACAGCAUCAACAACAAAGAUGGUACAGAUGUAGUGCAUAAUUAUUUUUAUGGUAUUUUCGCGGAAACGUACGAACGUGUCUUGCUAUUUCAGUUAGUCUCGGUACAUAAAGUACUGAGGUUGACAGAAGUAGCAUGACAAAUACGAAGGUUUCUGAGAAAAUGCGAUGGAAAACAAUUAUGCACUACAAUAUUACGUCCUUACAUAAAACUUGUCAUCUGUCACGUCGAUAUUUUGUGGUCAAACUGUAGAAAAGUAGAGCAAUGUCUACUUAAUAUUUUUAUAGUAGUCUAGUAUUUUUAGGGUAGACCAUAAUUAGGCAUAUUCGUCAUAUAACCGCUAAUACAUAAUAUGCUUACAUUUGAUUAACUAGUUAUAGACAAGUAUGUCCUGUACUGCAAUCUUUAUUAAAUAAUUUAUUCGCGAUACAGAGGUAACGUAACUGCCUUAGUGGUAAAUGUAAAUAUAAAUCGUUGGUUUGCCAUUUAUACUUCGUUUACAUUGUGUAGCAAUGGGAAUGAAAGUGAGUAGAGGUAAAAUGUAACCGCUACUCUUGCCUUUGCCGCAGAUAGGGCACUUUAUGGCCAACAGUCGGGGCAAAGCGAGCAGCGCGUGUUUUCAUUCAGCUUGUCUUGGGGGUCAUCCAUUAAUUACGUCACACGUUUAGGGGGUGGGAAUUAAUUUAUAUUUUUUUAUUCGCUGUAAAUUUAAAUAAUGAGGUUUUGGAAGUAAGUAAUUUUCGUUCCUAAUUGGUUUUGUGUUAUAAAAUUACUAAUAUUUCUUUUACCAAAAAUUAAAAAAAAAUGCCGUUUUAGUAUUGCCGAUUUCGUUGAAAACAAAAUUGCCUAAAAUGUGACGUCACACCAGGUGGGUGUGACCAAGUCAUUUUCAUAAUGUGACCAAGUGUGACAAGGAGGGGGGGGGGGAGGGGUCAAAAAACCUAGAAAUUCGUGUGACGUAAUUAAUGGAUGAUCCCUUGUUGCUUCUCAUAUGACAAAUAACAACAACAUAAUGUAAACCAAUGUAAACGGCAAACGGGUAUUUGUAGCAAAUGACAGCCCUGCCUUAUAUUUAUACAACAGUAGUUUAGUAAAAGUACUAGAUAAACCGUAUAAUAGCAGUAACUAGAAUUUAAGUAAGGUAGAAUUUUUAAUAAAGACAGAGUGUUCAGUCGUCUUAUUCUUUACAUAGUUAUUAUAAUAACUAAUAACCUUAGCGGGACGGCCCAGUCGGGUCUCAAAAUACUGCGAUCUGUACAAAUGAAAGGUGAACUAAGCAAUAAAAUUAUAAUACUUCGAUACGUAUAUUCUAUCGUGUUUUCUUACAUUCUACUAUUCCAACAAGUGUAGUAUCCUAUUGCCACACCAGUGCAAGCAGUACCGCCAGACUCUUGCUACGUCAAUCUAAAACGCUAUUUAUGGUACUAUGUUAAAAUUCAUCGUGUAGGAAAAUAGAAACUGCAGUAAAAAAAUAUAAGUGGGGUAUGGUUAGCAAGCUUCUAGCCUAAACACGCUAGGUACCCGACUGAAAGGCUCUCCAUUAUAUAUUAUCACGAUUGUAUACAAUACUAAUUAACUGCCUCUGUAAUAUUGUAGUAGUAGGCAGGAUACUGUCUCUGAGAAUAGCGGAUCGCAGGAGAGGACGUCGGGUCGAAGCACAUUUCAUUACCUGCUGUCCCGCUGCGCUCACUAACAGCCACACACUUUGUAACUAAAUAAAAUGUGUGAAGAUUGGCUAAGUUUUGAAUUAGAAUAUUGAACCAGUUCGCGGUUAAUACACUGAUGCCUUACCCUGUCGUAUUCCCGUUUUUAGGGUUCCGUACCCAAAGGGUAAAACGGGACCCUAUUACUAAGACUUCGCUGUCCGUCCGUCCGUCCGUCCGUCCGUCUGUCACCAGGCUGUAUCUCACGAACCGUGAUAGCUAGACAGUUGAAAUUUUCACAGAUGAUAUAUUUCUGUUGCCGCUAUAACAACAAAUACUAAAAACAGAAUAAAAUAAAGAUUUAAGUGGGGCUCCCAUACAGCAAACGUGAUUUUUGACCAAAGUUAAGCAACGUCGGGUGUGGUCAGUACUUGGAUGGGUGACCGUUUAUGUAAUUAUUAAUAGUACCUAACAACGAAUUGAGUUAGUAAAAGUUUACAAUGGAUUCGAUGCAAUAUUUAAUAAUAUAGGUACUUGCAAUAAUAUAUUACACAACGAACGCUGCAAAUAUAUGUGAUGUGCUCUUAUUGCGUUGAAAUUAAGAUCGUGUCAGAUAUUUUUGCGGCUUUCGCUGUGUAACUUAUUAAUUAUCAUCACUAAUCGCUAACGCAUGGCUAUCAUCAGUGCUGCACUUGGACGUUUACCAUAAUAUUAUAAAUAAUAUAUAUAGGUAUUAUUAAACAAUUUUAAAGGUACAGAAAUUUACAAGCUUAAUAAUUAGGUAAAUAUAUAAAUUAAGGGUAUUAUAUGCUAUUAGGCCAUAGGUACCCGGCUAAAUGUACCUAGCACGCUGCUGGCGUUUCCUCUUUGCACGGAUAGCGAAAUACGCUGGAUUAAAAAUGCGCCGUACCUGGGGUCGCCGCUUUUCUCUCGUAGGCGUUGACCUAACUUUCUCAGCUAUUAUCCAGACAAACUGAGAAAAUAUAGGUACUUACUGUAUUCUAUCUCGAAGUCGCAAAUAUAAAUAGUAACUGAAGUGCGUUAUACUUAGAAGCAAUAAUCUGUAAACAUUAUAUAUGCAUGUUCGUAUGAUAAAUUUUGUUAACUGUAUUGUCGUAUUUUAAUAUGUAACUUAUUUUUCGAUAAUUAUCCUUUCACUAGCGCUUAAAAUUUGUAAGUAGUAUAAGCCCGAAAUUGUUCGCAUUAAGUGUACCUAUAAACACCUACCCGUAGAGUUUAAAGGCGUCCAUUUGUUUAAUACGAGUACGUCCACAAUACAGCAAAUCGCACCAAUAUUUUUUACAGUACAUACAUAUGGUGCUACUUUACCACGCUUGGGCGGGAUUAAAGGCAAUACGUGCCUAUGUCGUAAUUCGCAACUCGUAUCGAUUCAAAACACUCCCUUCGCACCUAUAUCGUAAUGUACUAUUUUGGUUCGAAUAGCUGCUUCGUCACAAUGUCGAUAUUACCGUAUAAAUGCUUAUAUGUGUUUAUAUACCUACUCAGCGAAUUAUGCGAUUGCAUUACUUAUAUUUCGUUCAAUUAAACAACUCGAUGCCCACAAUGUACAAUUUAUAAGCAAUAAAUGUGGCAAUACAAGUAAUAAUUUUAACGCCUUAGUACUUACAAGGUGAGACCAAAAUUUUAUUUUUUGACCAUUAAGAUGAAGACCAUUGUAACUGUGAAAAUAUUUGUUUCUGUUAAAAGUACAUGUUAAUUUACAGUGGCAUGAUAUUACCUGUAGUGGCAGGAGAUCCAGUUCAUGAAUUCGUCAUGUUAGUUAGGUAACAAAAAUAAACAAUUUUCACUGCAUAUAUUUAUUUUCAAGUUUUCUUAAUAUUUUUUUGCAACACCUUACUUUGAUUGAUUUUAUCAUGUCAAAAAUGUCAGUUCUGUAAGUAAAAACAUCAGUCCAAUGUUAAGAAAAACAGAACGCCAAAACAAACCUAUUUCAUUAAUUAAAUAUCUGGGCUGUGAGCUUUGCUCAGAAAUAGGAAAUUUCAUCGAAGUCGUUCCAGCCGUUUCCGAGAUCCCCUAAAUAUAUCGGCCUGCUCGGGGCUUAAAUAACUGCAUUGCAAAGAGAUUGUGAAUAAAAAUAAUAUUUACAGUUAAAAAACGGACGCUCAGCACGAAGAAUUUCGUACAUUGACCCGCCUGUUCAUCGCUCGCGCGUAAUUAUAAUUAUAUUGCUGUCCCGCCCAUGAUAACAGCGGUUACUACACUGUGCGAACUGGGUAGCAAUAUAAUAAUUAUGCGCGCGCGAUAGAGAUAGGAACAAGCGAGUAAAUGUAUGAAAUUCCUCGUGCAAAGCGUCCUUUCGAUGGAAUAGUUUAAAAUAAUCUUAACUAAGAAUAAGUGGAAAUUAGAAUCAAAAUAGAUUACUCAAAUACGAAUAUGCGAUACAGUAUUUCACUUUUUUAUGAAUAUGUACCUAAUCAAAUUGUAAAUAAGUGUCACCAUGUCAUAAUCUCUCCAGCUAUUUCAGUUAUGGUUAAAAUAUGCUUAUUUAAAGGACCGUUAAGCAUACUUAUCGAAAAAUAGUCCGCUCUUAUCUCAACAUACCUUAUACAUAUAUGACACCGUAAGAUUGUGGACCCGUUAGUUCAAGUAAAACGUUUAAUACUCUUUGCGUUAGUUUACAAUCUAACGUAGGUUAGGUUAGAUUGUAAUCUCCCUACCGUCAGUUUAUAAUUUACCUAGCGAUAUUUUUAACUGACGAGUGUUUACAAUUUUACGGUGACAUAUACAUUAUUUGAAACAAUUAUCAGGCAGGUCGCACUAAAGAAAUGGGUAGCCAACCCCACGCGGCGAACCGCGGGUUAUUUGUUGUUGCAGCCGCAAGUAGAGGAGUAUACAAAUACGUGGAGGAAUCGAAUAGGUGAUAGUGUAUUAUCAAUUCUAGGUUUUUUUAGCUAUUUAGUGACUGUCACUAUCGUUUUUUUUUGUUUACUGAUAAUAUUUUAUCUGCCUACCUAGACGCUUUCUCUUAAAGGCUCCUCCUAUUCCGAUCACUGCCUGUAUACAUUUUAAGAAAACACUUAAAUAUGUUAUGAUUUUGUUAAUUAUACCAUACAUGGCUUAUAUGUAAUUCUAUCAUGAUGUAACAUUUAUUUUAUUCAAUAUAUCAUGUCAAAAAUCGCAA